AUGCCCAAUGAUAGCAAGGCAGCUCUAACUUACUGGCCUAGUAAUUCUCAAUGUGCUGCCGCCUUUCCCAGAGUGAACAGCUUCUUCAGAAUGAGGACACCUACCCUCCCAGGUGCCAACUUAAGCUUCUCUACAUUUAUGCUGACAGGCUUUCCGGGCCUGGAGUGGGCUCAUCACUGGAUCUCACUGCCCAUUUUUGCCGGAUACCUUGUGGCUGUGCUGGGCAAUGCUACCAUCUUGCAUCUGGUACGAACUGAUCCUUCUCUUCAUCAGCCUAUGUACUACUUCCUAGCUAUCCUUGCUGUGACAGACUUAGGCUUGUGCAUGUCCACACUGCCAUCAGUAUUGGGUGUGUUGUGGUUCGAUGCCCGCAGGGUAGGGCUAGUGUCUUGUGUUUUGCAGCAGCAUUUCCUACACUCCUUCUCCUUCAUGGAGUCAGCUGUGCUCUUUGCCAUGGCUCUGGACCGUUUGGUGGCCAUUCGAUUCCCAUUGCGCUAUGCAACUGUGCUCACAGGUUCUCGUGUAGCCUUGGUUGGAGCCGUGCUGGGUAUAAGGAGUGCCAUCAUCACUGCUGCACCUUCACUAAACCUCUUGAAAUUUGACUAUUGUCGACCUGGGGCACUGUCCCAUGCUUACUGCCUUCAUCAGGACAUGAUUCGCCUGGCCUGCUCUGACACACGUUUCAACAGGCUCUAUGGGCUAUGCAUCAUCAUGUUGACCAUGGGCUCUGAUGUCCUUUUCAUCCUCGUUUCCUACACAGUCAUCCUCUGCACAGUGCUGGCCAUUGCCUCUGCAGCAGAGCGACUCAAAGCCCUCAACACCUGUGUCUCUCACAUCCUGGCUGUGCUCUGCUUCUAUGUGCCUGUGCUAGGCCUCUCCAUUGUGCACAGAUUUGGGCACCAUACCUCCCCACUGGUGCAUAUCCUAAUGGGCACCAUUUCUGUGAUCUUUCCACCCCUGAUGAACCCUAUUAUUUAUAGCAUCAAGACCAAGCAGAUCCGCAGGGCUAUUCUCAAAGUAGUUUCUCUGGGAAAGAUACAAUGA